AAGUUUAUGGAUAGGUCAUAAUGCCCUUGCUGGAUGCCUUUCAGAACCUGCUUACUUUAGUAAUUAUGUCAUCAACAUAUUAAGGUAUAAAUUAUAUAGUGCAUUCUGAUGCUGUUGAUAGUGUUGAUAGUGUAUGCUACUGAUCAAUGACUGUGCUGCAGAAAGUCUGGUUUAUACAUUUGUAUAGGGAUCCUGAUGUUUUUUGCGGUGUUUGGUGUGAUGCUAAAUAGGAUGGGCGAGUCUGGACGUGCUAUGCUGGACUUCUUCAACAUUCUGAAUGAAAUAACCAUGAAUAUGACAAAGCUGGUUAUGUGGUACAAUCCUAUUGGUAUAUUUUUCAUCAUUAUGAACAAAAUUCUUGAAGUACCGGACUUAGAAGCAGCAGCUAAGUCACUGACGAUGUACAUGGUCACUGGUCUCCUUGGUUUAGCCAUCCAUGCACUGAUCGUGCUGCCAACAAUCUACUUCACACUGACCAGGAGAAAUCCUUUCCGUGUGUCCCUGGGCAUGGUGGAGUCUCUUCUGACUGGCCUGGGUACAAGUUCCAGCGCAGCGGCCCUGCCUGUUACUCUACGCUGCUGUGAAGAGAAGCUGAAAUUCAACAAGACCAUCUGUCGGUUCGUGUUGCCUAUAGGAGCAACAAUUAAUAUGGAUGGUUUGGCCAUUAUUCAGGCUGUCACACCUAUCUUCCUGGCCCAGAUGAACCAGAGGAUGCUCGCAUUUGCAGAUUUAGUAGCAAUCAGGCUGGGCUCCUAG